AGAUUCUUAUAUUUUGAUUUUUGACAACAAAGAAGUGAGAGCGCCGUUAAUAUUUACACAAAUACAAAUACAGAGUUUAUAGACAUAAAAGUAAAAGGUUUUUGAUUAAAAAUAACUAAAGCUAAAUACAAUUAGUAUUUUUAGAUAUGCUAAGGAUGUCAUCACAAAUAGAAACAAUUGUUAAUGCCUACAAGACGUUAUCAAAGAUUCCGUCUAUAGUUGGUGCUAAACUUAACAACGAUGGAAACAGGAUCUCAUGCAAGUGGUCAGUUAGGAAUUUGGACAAGGGGAAGACAACGAAAUAUCUUCAUGAUUAUAUUUUAAAUGAUAACCUUAAAGUUAUUUCGGAAAGUGAAUUCGGUGUGGAUGUUAGUAAUGAGUUACUAUCAUCAGUAUCACCAAAAGGUAUGUUUAAAGCAUUGAUACGUGAAGAGAAGGAUGGCAAGGAUAAGAAACAGUAUCUGGAGGUGUGGUGUCGUCACAACUUGGCACACUGCAUUGAUCUCACCGCUCUGGAUGUUCACGGAGAUGUGUACGCUGAUUCGGAGUUUGGCAGUUUGGACUGGUCGCAGGAUGAAAGUGCAGUGGUGUAUGUCGCAGAGAAGAAGUUAAAGAAAUCAGAACCUUAUAUUAAAAGGAAAUCUGAGGAUAAAGCCAAAACUGAUGGUAGUGGAGAAUCCACACCGAAAAGAGGUGAAGAGUUUGUAUACAGACAAGAUUGGGGCGAGCAGCUGGUGGGCAAGCACCUCUCUGUGGUGGUAGUGUGCAAGUUGGCCACCGAGACUGUUACUGUGCUGGAGGGUUUGCCGGAGACCUGGUGUCCUGGACAGGUCCGCUUCAGUCCGGAGGGGCAAAGUGUUGUGGGCGUGGCGUGGGAGACAGAGCCGAGACGACUUGGUCUUAUAUUCUGUACUAACAGACCUUCAUACAUCUUCAAACUUACCUUGGAUGGAAACUUUAGUAAGAUAUCAUCAGAAGGUAUGGCUGUGAGGUCUCCGCGGUACAAUGCUGGAGGCGAGCUGGUGUGGCUGCAGCGCCCUGCUGAUGGUCCGCACCACGCCUGUCAUGCAAUACUAGCAAAGAAAAAUGAUGAUACACAAAUAACAACAGUGCUAGACAUAGUAGCAACAGAAAUGAGCACCUCUAAUGGGGAAGUAUUCCACGGCGUGUACAGCCUGGGGCUGCCCACCAGGUGCUUCGCCAGUGGAGGCAGGCUGGUGUUCAGCACCCCGCAGAAGAACGAUGUCAGGUCUUAUGUGCUUGAUAUAGAUGGCGGUGGGAUAGUGGAUAUCUCCAACAAAUCCUUCAUUGGGUCGACAUCAGUGCUGGACGUGAAGGCGGAUGUUGUACUCGCGACGUGCUCCAAUAUGACCACUCCAGCGCAGUUGUUCAUAGCGAGACUGCCAGCCAAAGGUUCUGAGGCGGAGAUCCAGUGGGUGCAGGUGACUGCCGCGAGUCAAGUGCCGGACACAGUAGCAAGCUCUCAUCUCAAAUAUAUGAACCUGCAACAUGACAGUGAGGAUGCAGUCAAAUCCUUUACUGCACUGUAUUUCGCACCGAGUGAACCAAAUAAGAAGUUACCGUUGAUCGUGUGGCCUCACGGCGGUCCGCACUCCGCCUUCGUCAAUGCCUUCUCCCUGGAGGCUGCGCUUUUUAAUAUGUUAGGGUUUGCGAGUCUACAAAUAAACUAUCGAGGUUCUAUCGGGGCUGGAGAUAAAUCUGUCAGAUUUCUAUUAAAACGCGUCGGUGAUGCUGACGUCAAAGAUUGUAAAUUAGCCACAGAUGAGGUGUUGAGAGAGUACCCAGUGGAACCUACACAGUUGUGCCUCUUCGGAGGUUCUCAUGGAGGUUUUCUUGUCACCCAUCUCAGUGGACAGUACCCAGAUACUUACAGAGUGGUUGUCAGUCGUAAUCCAGUUGUUGACGUCGCGACAAUGUACAAUUCUACGGAUAUCGCUGAUUGGUGUUCGGUGGAAGCGGGCUUUUUAUUCACAGAGAAGGGCCCUAUAUCUGAAGAAGAACUGUUAGCAAUGCGACGUUGUUCCCCACUAGCACACGUACACCGUGUGAAGGCCCCUACAGCGCUCAUGCUAGGGUCCGGAGAUAAAAGGGUCCCUCACUACCAGGGCCUCGAGUACAGCAGACGGUUGAAGGCCAAUGGAGUACCUACUAAAAUAUACAUGUAUGAAGAUAACCACUCGUUGUCUUCAUUGCCCGCGGAGAUGGAUAAUCUUAUUAACAGCGCCGAUUGGUUCCUAACGCAUUUGAAUAAGUCUGAUUGAAUAUAUUAUAUAUAAAAUAUGUUUUAUACGUAUUAUAAUAAAUUUAUAAC